AUGCAUAUCAAGACCACCAAGUGUAACCACUUAUGUCUGGUCGCCUCUGUGACCAAUCGAGAAGUGUUCAAUCAUCCUGAUGUUCAGGCCAGCUUUGAGGCUUUAUUCCAUUCUUUUGAUCCAAAAGCUCAGUUCCAGUACUUCAAGUCCUUCCGACGGGUCAGGAUUAAUUUCAGCGAUGCGCUAGCUGCAGCAGAGGCGAGAUUGCAACUUCACAAAACUGAUUUCCAUGGUAAAGAAAUGCGUCUCUACUUUGCCCAGUCUGUUCACAUCGGGAGUCCUAGACUUGAGCCUCCAAAGCCAGAGAAGCAGUUUCUCAUCUCACCUCCCGCCUCGCCUCCGGUGGGUUGGGAGCAGUCUCAGGAUGCUAUGCCUGUUGUCAACUACGACCUGCUUUGUGCCAUCUCGAAGUUAGGACCAGGAGACAAAUAUGAGCUUCACACAGCCACCCCCACCACCCCCAGCGUCGUUGUCCAUGUUUGUAAAGAAGAGCUUGGCGAGAGCUUGGGUCGGGAUGAAAGAGACCCGGAUGACGUGGCGCGACCCACACGGCCCAAGAUCGUCCAGACGCGCCGGCCCGACUACACACGCAAUGUUGAGCAGAUGGCAGCACUGGAGUGA